AUGAUUCUUCUGCAAACAUCGCUAAUCUGGGUCGUCUAUGCAGUCGUGGUGGUGGUCUUGUUUGCGGUUGCUUCGGUGUUCAUCUAUGUGUAUCAGUCUCCUCGCGACCGCUCGCCAUCAGUGACUUUGACAUGCAUUGUCGCAAUCACAAGCCUUCUUGCAACUAUCCUUCUGCUACCGGUCGAUGUCGCUCUAGUUUCGUCCACCGUGUCGUCCUCUGUGGGACAACGGAAGGACUGGGCGACUCCAGAAGUAGUGGAUAGAAUAACGUUCUCUCUUACCCUUGUAUAUUACAUCUUGUAUUCUUUGGACAUUCUUCUUUGUCUUCUUGUUGUUCCAUUUGUCUACUUUUGGUACGAGGAAUACGAUGAAGUGGCAGCUCAAACAGGGGAGCAAUCAUCCGGACAGCGGUUUUGGGGUGCUUCUAAAUAUACACUAUCAUUCAUUGCCAUACUCAUAAUUUUGUUCCUUGUCGGCGUUUUUGUGCCCAUUUCCAGAGCCAAUGGUGGGAACGGUCUUGAUCCCUUCAAGAGUCUACUAGGAGAGAACCGUGAGGACCCUCAUAUUGAAACUCGCUCUCAAGUUAGUGCUAACUGCUGGUUUGCAGGCGGCGAACGUGCCCUUACUUUUGCUCUGGGCUUGUUGAUCACGAUUGGGAUGUAUGUUUAUGCCCUGCAUACAUCCACAGGUCUUGCCGUUCUACCUAUUCGUCUGAUUAAAGGUGGUCCUCGCCUAUCAAAUGCAGGAAGCUGGAACGCAACUUUCACUGUUCAGCUUGAUUCGAACAGGGAACGACGGCGCCAAUUAGAGGGCCGCUGUGGGGGAAAUUUCGAUCACCUAUCCUCUAAGGACCGCAGAGAGCUGGACGCUUUAAUCAGGGAAGAACGGACCCUAAUCAGGAGGCAGCGCCUGGCACAGGAGGCGGAUGGGAAGGGCAAUGCACUCCUUCCUAGGAUGUGGUUCAGACUUGAAGCGUUCUUCCGCCCCUUCAGACGGCUGGUAGGGCUGAUACUCUUGCUCCUCGUGCUACUAAUUUGGGUGUCUAUGAUUUUAACCGCCAGUGACAAAGCCAAAAACUCAAUAUGCAAGCGCCAUUGUGGGUAUGUUCUUGGGCACAUCAAUAUCUUCAAUCCCAUCAACGAAAUAUUCGUGCAGUCUGCCAAGUUGUUCCCGAUUGACUAUGCGAUCUUCACUAUGCUUGUGCUACUACUUUUCUUCGGCACGGUGGUUGGAAUUGCCACAGUUGGCAUUCGAUUCUUGUGGAUUAGUAUUUUUAGGAUUCGACUGGGUCAUACUUCCCCACAAGCCUUACUGGUAAUGACGGCCAUAUUAAUGUUGUCGAUUCUGGCUCUCAACUACUCGAUUUCCAUGAUUGUUGCACCCCAGUAUGCGACAUUUGGACCACAGACAUUCUGUGACCGACUGUCCGGUUCCUCUGUGUUACCUGAACUACAAUGCGUCGUCAAGCGUUGCUCGGAAGCCUUUGGUAGCGAUGCCGCCAAGAAGGUCUGUACACCCAGUGUUGCCAGCACGGUUUUAAAUAGGGUGACCGUAAGCUUUCCUUUUUUUGGUGCAAUCUUCUUCUGGAGCCAGUUUGCUUUCAUCGGGGUUUACUUGCUUGCUCUUAUCACUUCGCUUUUGCGUUCUCCAAAGUUAGACGAACAACAACUGGAUGAGGAUGCGGAAGAGGCUGAGGAGGAGGCUUUGCUAUCAGGUUCUAGGAGAAACAUGGAUGAUCGAUGGCAAAGUAUUGUUGGCAGAGCUAGCAGAAGUGAGGACACCUGAAAAGUAGUAGGAAGUCAGGCUUCUUAUGAUACAAACUGUCUCAGUAGGUAUUGGAUUUGGCAAUCUCAAUUUCAUUGAUCUCCCA